UGGUUAAGAUGGCGGCAGCGGCGGCGGCGGCGGCGGCAGCGGCGGCUUUGGGGGCGCGGGGCCGCCGGAGGGGGAGGGAACGUCGGAGCCCGUGAGUCGCCCUCAGCCCAGUGGAGGCGGCGGCCGAGACCCCGCGCACGAAGGCCGCUCGGCCGGGCCGGCCGCCGCCGCACCGAGCGAGCUAGGGAGCGCCAGGCGGGGAGCCCCGAGGCCGGAGCCGGGAAGGGAGGAAUGUGACCGGGGGUCGGCGGGGGCUCGGGAGUACGCGAGCGCGGGGAUGGGGCAGCAGGUGGGCCGCGUCGGGGAAGCGCCGGGGCUCCAGCAGCCGCAGCCCCGCGGGAGCCGCGGGAGCAGCGCCGCCAGGCCGGCCGGGCGCAGGCGGGACCCGGCGGGGCGCGCGGAGGAGGCCGGCUUCAAUAUCUUCACCCAGCAUGAAGCCCUGCACCGUCCCUAUGGCUGUGAAGUUGAGUCCCAGGCACUGAAUGAAGCCAUCAGGUGGAGCUCCAAGGAGAAUUUGCUUGGAGCCACUGAGAGUGACCCCAAUCUCUUUGUUGCACUUUAUGAUUUUGUUGCAAGUGGUGACAACACACUCAGCAUCACCAAAGGUGAGAAGCUCCGAGUCCUAGGUUACAACCAGAAUGGUGAGUGGAGUGAGGUACGCUCUAAGAAUGGGCAGGGGUGGGUGCCAAGCAACUAUAUCACCCCAGUGAACAGCCUGGAGAAGCAUUCUUGGUACCAUGGGCCAGUGUCCCGAAGUGCAGCAGAAUAUCUGCUUAGCAGCCUUAUCAACGGCAGCUUCCUUGUGCGGGAAAGUGAGAGCAGCCCAGGGCAAUUAUCCAUCUCGCUUAGGUACGAGGGACGUGUAUACCACUACAGGAUCAAUACCACCACAGAUGGAAAGGUGUAUGUGACAGCAGAAAGCCGAUUCAGCACUUUGGCAGAACUGGUUCAUCAUCACUCUACGGUGGCUGAUGGGCUGGUGACAACCUUGCACUACCCGGCACCGAAGUGCAAUAAGCCUACAGUCUAUGGAGUGUCCCCCAUCCACGACAAGUGGGAAAUGGAACGAACUGAUAUCACCAUGAAGCACAAACUCGGGGGUGGCCAGUAUGGCGAGGUGUAUGUUGGCGUCUGGAAGAAAUACAGUCUUACUGUUGCUGUGAAAACGCUAAAGGAAGACACCAUGGAGGUGGAGGAAUUCUUAAAAGAAGCUGCUGUGAUGAAAGAGAUCAAGCAUCCUAACCUAGUACAGCUAUUGGGGGUGUGUACCUUGGAGCCACCUUUUUACAUAGUGACCGAAUACAUGCCGUAUGGAAACCUACUUGACUACUUGAGGGAGUGCAACCGAGAAGAAGUGAGCGCUGUGGUGCUGCUCUAUAUGGCCACACAGAUCUCCUCAGCCAUGGAAUACUUGGAGAAAAAAAAUUUCAUCCAUCGAGAUUUAGCAGCUCGGAAUUGCUUAGUGGGAGAGAAUCAUGUGGUCAUUGCUGAUUUUGGCUUAAGUAGAUUAAUGACUGGAGACACCUAUACUGCUCAUGCUGGAGCAAAAUUCCCUAUCAAAUGGACAGCACCAGAAAGCCUGGCCUACAAUACUUUCUCAAUUAAAUCUGAUGUCUGGGCCUUUGGGGUACUGUUAUGGGAAAUUGCAACCUAUGGGAUGUCACCAUAUCCGGGUAUUGACCUAUCUCAGGUCUAUGAUUUGUUGGAGAAGGGAUAUCGAAUGGAGCAGCCUGAAGGGUGUCCACCAAAAGUCUAUGAACUUAUGAGAGCAUGCUGGAAGUGGAGUCCUUCUGACAGGCCAUCUUUUGCUGAGACACAUCAGGCUUUUGAAACUAUGUUCCAUGACUCCAGCAUAUCUGAAGAGGUAGCUGAGGAGCUUGGGAGAACAGCUUCCUCUUCAUCCAUCGUACCAUACCUGCCUCGAUUACCCUUACUUCCUUCCAAGACCAGGACCCUGAAGAAGCAGGCAGAGAACAAGGAGAACAUAGACGGGAGCCAGGACUCUGCAGAGCCCUCUGCCUCCAGCUCAGCACCAGGGUUUAUUAGGAGCACACAGCCUCCUAGUGGGUCCCCAGCACUGCCUCGCAAACAGAGAGACAAGUCACCUAGUAGCCUCUUGGAAGAUGCCAAAGAGACAACUUUUACUAGGGACAGAAAGGGAGGCUUCUUCAGCUCCUUCAUGAAGAAGAGAAAUGCUCCAGCACCUCCCAAACGCAGCAGCUCCUUUCGUGAAAUGGAAAAUCAGCCUCACAAGAAAUACGAGCUCACGGGUAACUUCUCGUCUGUUGCUUCCCUGCAGCACCCUGAUGGGUUUUCUUUUCCUCCUGCCCAACAAGAGGUGAAUCUGGUUCCCCCUAAGUGCUCUGGGGGGAGCUUUGCCCAGAGGAACUUUUGUGGUGAGGAUGGCGGUGGUGAUGGUGGCAGUAGUGAUGGCGGUCCUGGUGGUGGUGGAGGAGGAGGAGGAGGGAGUGGAGCCACUGGUGGUGGGUGGUCAGGCAUCACUGGCUUCUUUACACCACGCUUAAUCAAAAAGACAUUGGGCUUACGAGCAGGUAAACCCGCUGCUGGUGACGAAGCUUCCAAGCCUUUUCCAAGGUCAAACUCUACAUCUUCCAUGUCCUCAGGGCUUCCAGAGCAGGAUAGGAUGUCAAUGACCCUUCCCAGGAACUGCCAGAGGUCCAAAAUCCAACUGGAAAGGACAGUGUCCACCUCCUCUCAGCCAGAGGAGAGCACGGGUAGGUCAAGUGACCUGAUUCCCAAAAAGUUAGAAGAAGGCCCUGCCCUGUCCAGGGACAGACCAAAAGCCAAACUUUUACCCAGAGGCACCACAGCUCUUCCUCUCCGAACCCCGUCAGGGGACGCAGCUGUUCUAGAUAAGGACUCAGCAGGGUCAGGGGCCACCGCUGUCCCUAAGAGCAAAGAGAAGAAUGGUGCAGCCCGGCUCGGGAUGGCAGGACUCCCAGAGGAUGGAGAAAGGCCAGGGUGGUCAUCUCCAGCCAAGGCUGCUCCAGUACUUCCAACCGCUCACAACCACAAAGUGCCGGUUCUCAUUUCACCCACUCUGAAGCAUGCUCCAGCUGAUGUCCAGCUCAUUGGCACAGACUCUCAGGGGAAUAAAUUCAAGCUCCUAUCUGAGCAUCAGGUCCCGUCUUCUGCAGAUAAGGACCGACCACGACGGGUAAAACCAAAGUGUGCUCCACCUCCACCCCCAGUGAUGAGGCUUUUACAGCACCCACCCACAUGCCCAGACCUCACAGAAGAGCAGAACACCCCUGUUGGAGGGCAGCCUGGACCAGAAGUGCAUGAAGGUGGAAAAAAGGCAGCGGCAGUAACAGCACCUGUCAGUGCAAAAGCUGGGAGGCCGGUGAUGCCUCCCCCUCAAGUGCCUCCAUCCACGUGUUCCACGUCACCUGCAAAAAUGGCCAAUGGCACUGCAGGCACCAAAGUGGCACUGAGAAAGACCAAGCAGGCUGCUGAAAAAAUCUCAGCGGACAAAAUCAGCAAAGAAGCCCUGCUAGAAUGUGCUGACCUGCUGUCCAGUGCCAUUACGGAACCCAUGCCCAACAGCCAGUUGGUAGACACUGGACACCAGCUGCUGGAUUAUUGCUCAGGCUACGUAGACUGCAUCCCACAGACUCGCAACAAGUUUGCUUUCCGGGAAGCUGUGAGCAAACUGGAACUCAGCCUGCAGGAGCUGCAGGUGUCCUCAGCAGCGGCUAGCCUGCCCGGAACAAAUCCUGUCCUUAAUAACUUAUUGUCAUGCGUCCAAGAAAUCAGCGAUGUGGUUCAGAGGUAGCUACUGCCAACCUGGCUGGAAGAAACACUUUCUGUUGAUCGGGAGGGGGAAAGGGACUUGUUUUUUCCUGUGUUCUUGCUUUCAAAAAAUGAAAGACUGAUACUUGAGUGAGUUCAUGUGAAGUACCUCAGAUCACUGAGUUUUCACGUUUACAGGUUCAUCUCAGAAGUUACAAACAUACACAAAGUGCAGGGGAGGGGAAGAAGGUGAGGUGGUGAUGAUAGGCAGGGUUUAGAAGCUGGAGAGGUGGCCUGUUGAGAAUUACCCUCAUUGGAAAAUCAGGUAAUAUAUGUGUGCUGCACCAGAGAGAGAAGUCAGACCCGCUUCUCCUGGUGGGGGGGGGAGCUUGUUCAUCCUGGGCAGGGACGGGUCUCAUCUCAGUAAGGGGGCUGGGAAGUUCCUCUGAAGGCCCUCAACACUGGAGUGGCUGUGAGGUUCACACUCUCUGCACUGGACAAAGGGUUUUAUCCUCUACGAGUUGUAGGGGGAGGCACCUCGGUCUCUUUGGACAUGUAGUGGUGAUCACUCUGGCACUGACCCUAAGGUGACGCUGAUUGGGUCAGGAAAAGAGGGAGAUGCCCUGAGAGUGGCUGCUAGCGUCGCCUCCACAGUGUCAUUGCUGCUGUCUCACAACUGCAAAACAGUUUUAGAACCUCUGCCCUCUCUGUGCCCUCCAUCUUAUCACUCCGUCAUGUUUCUGUUGUUUCUGAGUGAGCUGUGCUGGCAAGUCUAGCCGGGUUCCCUUUGUCUAGCCCAGGCACUAGCUGGCAUUCACUAAUGCUUCAGAGCUGCCACCCUCCGGUCAGUGUCAGCAAGCUGUGGGCGUAAUUUUAACAGACAGUGGUUUCCUCCAGGCCCUUGCUGGGCAAGAUGCCCUCUAUGUUCUUUAUGAGCAUUCGGAAUAUUAAUUAACACAAUACCUGGGCGUGUGUCAGUUGUCAGGCUGCAAGCUUCCACAGGACUCCUUUUCUUUGCUACAAGUAUCACCAUGAUGUUCACAUACAUACAUACACAUGCGCGCGCGCGCACACACACACACACACACACACACAUUUUUGGCUCAGGUGGAUAGGGUACCUGAGAUGUUUUUUAGAUUCUUCAACUUCCUAAUGUACUGUUGGGGAGGGAAUAUGUUCAGGAGUUGGACACAUUUUCCUAAAAGCUUGCUAUAGUAAUAAUAGCUAAAGUUCAUUUAGUUCUUCAAAGUUUUACAAAGGGCUUUAAACUGUCAGGCCCAUGCAUGGGGUUUGUAGCUCCCUCUCUAAAGCUUAUCUAGAAAAUCAGAUAAUUUUGGAAAUCACUGUUGGGGUCUGAUUUUUCCCCCAACUCUCCACUAGAUUGUCUUUCAUAGGGGACUCAACCGUCACUGCCUGUCAGGGCCAGCGUGCCAGCCUUGGUGAGUGGAGGACGCCUUCCCAUCCAUGAGCUUUCACUUUCUUGGGACCUUCUAGAUUGAUAAGCCCCUCGGGGAUCCAAUCAACAUCACCAGAGCCAGUUCUCACGUGUGCUGCUAUAGCAUCUGCCUCUCUGUUUGUCCUGAUUGAUGGAGCUAUUUGUUUGUAAGAAUUAGAUUGAAAAUGUUUGUCUUACCAUGGCAUCUUAGCCCACUUCAGGGAACAGUUCUUUGCAGGAAAAUAUUAUUUAGACCCAGGGAAUUUUGGUUGGAAUUAGAACUUAGAAUUCUGCUCUAGAAAAGAAGAUUGCAUUUUCCUUUUCAUGUCAGAUCUAAGUAGGGAAGCUUAUUAGGAUUCAACAGAUAUGAAUCAGAGGGGUGAAGUGUUAUUAAUUCUGUAAACAGAAGACCUUUCUGCUACCUGCUCUAUCCAAAUCUAUUGGAAUUCCGUUAGGAACAGAACACCCAUUUUGCAACUUUUUUCCCUCCAGUGGACCAUCACCUUAGCUUUAUAAGAUUGGAGGCAAAUGUUCAAUACUGAGUUUUCUUUCCAUCACUAAUUAGCUGUCCCAGGCUUAUUUUUUCAUCUUUUAAUUGAAGGUAAUACUUGUUUUUUAGGGGAUUAUUAGAAUUGUGUAGCUAUCCCUUGAACUUCUCUGUUAAGUGCGCAGUGCUUUCUUGGAUGGUUUUUCUUUCUUUUCAUGCUUCAAUGCCAACUGUUAAUGAAAUUUAGAACUGUACUGAGCCCUGUGAAUAAUGCUAGAGCUGUAAGGGGCCCCAGUGUUUUGGCUGGAUGUUUAGAUCUUUGACCAGGGAAAGACAGUGAUGUUUUUAAUUAGAAGGAAAGCAGACUGGGUUAUUUAAUCAUCAUCAGAAAGAGGCAAGGUAUAAAGGAAACUUGAGAGGAAAAAAAAAGCAUCCUAUUUUUUCUUUCAGAUAUUUCUAUAAUGUCUUUCUUCACAGUGCCUGCCAGUAUAGUACAUGCAGUAUGCAGCCAAGUUAAUUUAACUUUUUCCUCCUUGGGGUCCACACCUUACAUCAAAUAUGGUAAAGAACAAAUCCCAUGAAGGUUGCAUUGUUCCUUUAGGAAAAGGAGGCAGAAAUGUUUGGUUCCCAUCACUUAACCCCAAUUACCUCACCAAAAAAAAAAAAGUUUGGUUUCUGAAUUAAGCUUUUUCCUAACACUGGAGGUGUUUCAUUUCUUCCUUACCAAACUCUGUCGUCAUCCUUGAUCAGGGAUGACCUAUGGUACAUAGGGCAAGGUCAACUCUGGUCUGUUAUGCACUCCAGUACAUAAUACUACUUGCUAAUGCCCUUCCCCUGGGAGUUUAAAAACAAGCCCAUGAUUGUGCUUGGGAGUACUGAAGUGAUACUAGUUAUGAAGGUCUCCCUUUGCUCCUGUCGGUAAAUUUUAACCAAGACCAUCAGGGUUUUCUUGUUUGUUUGUUUUAGGAUGAGAAAAUAAAAUUUGGGAAGUGAUUAUGCCACUUUUCAAGUUUUCCCCAGAACAAGAGUGUGAAGUUAGGGAAGUGCAGUUGUUCCUUUAAAGAAUGUUCUUCUUUAGCAGGAUCUUCUUCCAUGAAAGUGCUGAAAAGACUUGGAGAAAGAUGCACUGCUUUCUUUAGGAGUCCUGGAUUUUCCACUGAUGGCUAGUCAUGCAUUGAUUAGACAUUGCCUAGACUAGCAAUGACCUUGGCAGCAUGGGCCAGCCUGUCCACCUUCCUUCCAGGGGGACUCUUGGGGACCUCAGUCAUGCAGUUUCAGGACUCUAGUCAGUUUUGCGCUCUAGUCAGACACUGUUAAUUUGUUCUACAAAUAGAACUUAGUUUUUUUAGUGUUUUUUGUUUUUUUCCCAAAGCAAGUAAUUUUGGAUUCAGAACCACAGAAGACUGUUCCUGGAGAGCUCUAAGAGCCACUGACUAAAACUAUAGUUUGAUUUCUUCAUCUAGUCUAAGGAAAAGGCAAGGGGAAAAAACACAACUAAUAAAUGGCACUGAAAUUGUUUCUUGAAGGGUCAGUUAUGUUUUGUUUUUAAUUAGUCAUAUAAGCUGCCACUGCUUGAGUUCAGUUAUGUAUAGGCUUACACAUGAUAAUGGAUGUUAUGGAUUCCUGUUAUAUGAUUCUCAAAUUGUAUUUCCCAUCAGAAGCAACAUUGAUCUGUCCACUACAGUUUGCCUCACUUUAUACAAUAGAUAUCUUCAUUAAAGGUAAAAUUAAAACUUGUUUACUGCAUUCUAUUUUCCCACUAACUUCCAUUAUAAUUUUCAGAGAUAUGUGCUUAUGGGAAGAAAAAAAAAACUUUGGAUAUUGGUCCAAAUAUAGGCCACUCUUUUCUUUGUACCCUCCAACUCUUGGGGAGAAAAAUUAUGGCAUAUAUAAAACCUAUAUGUGAGCUAUAAUUAGGCUCUUAGUGCCAUGGACAGCUUAAGUUUCAUUGGUCUUCCAGAACAAUCUAUAGCAACAGCUUCUCCAUCGGCUUAAACACACAUCAAUAGGGGUUCAUGCCAGCUGUACCUAUCUACAGCAUAAGAGCAACUGAUAUUACUCCCUUACCAUGCAACCCUGCCCUGAAUCUCUUGAGAUAUGUCUUACUACAAAGUCUAGCUGCUCUCCCUCCCUUUCCUUUCAUACGCAGGGCCAGAAAGGACUAGUCAGGGUAGAUGAUGGAAGAGGACUGUCUCAGUGUGUCUUAACCAAAGAGAUUGCUUUUUGUCCCAAGCCCCUGGCUCCAUGGAGCUUAAUAUUAGAGAAUAGAAAAGUAGCAGGAAAGGGAGUCAUUCCAGCUUUGCAGCUGGCUUAGGGGUUGACUUAAGAAUAGAAUCAAAGAAGGAGGCUGUCAGGGAGGAGAGAAGAAGAGUGACCAUCUGUGGUAGUCCGCCACACUUAAAAAAGGCCCACUUCCCAUGGUUAUUUGCCAUUCUAAAUUGUCUCACAUUUUUGUGUGGCAAAAUCUUAUUUGCUUUUAGGGGAAAAAAAACAAAAUAAGUUUCUCCCAGAUAGGUUGGUGAUUUUUAGUAUGGCAAUUUUAAAUAAUUAUUACAAUGUAUACUUACAUAUUUUGCUUUUACUUAUUUUACUUUUUGGGGUAUGACAUUUAUACCAAUAUUGUAAUCAGAUUCACACUUAAUUCUUUUCACUUUAGGGAACAUUCUGCCUUUUGGUAAAGCACAUUCCAUAUGUGUUUUAGUUAAUCAUAGGCUCUUAGAGUUCUUAGAGAUCAUCUUGUCCAACCCGUCUCAUUUUUCAGAUGAGACACACAGCUUAGUUACUGUCUCAUGAUCAUACAGUGAGUUAGUGGCAUAUCUAGGUCUAAGACCCAGGUCUUCUGAUGUCUCAUCCAUUGCUUUUUUCGCCCCCACACACUAGGAUGCCUUACAUAAAAUUUUGCAAUAAUAACUCCCAUUUAUAUAGCGCUUUAAGGUUUGUAUAGCACUUUUCCUCAUAACUCUGUGAGGUAACUAGAGCAAGUUGUGACCCCCCUUUUACAGAUGUGGAAGCUGAGGUUCUGGGAGAUUAACGAACUUGCCCCUGGUUGCACAGUUAAGUGGCUGAGUCAGGACAUGACCCCCUACCUCCUGACCCCAACUCGAGUGCUCUUUCCAUUAUACUAUGCAAGAAAGGUUAUUCAAGUAGACAGUCCAUGAGGUCUACAGUAAUAUUAGAAAACACUACCAAAGUCCAUUUUAUUGGGAGUUCUCAGUGACUAAAUAGGAUUCAAAUGCUUAAAUAGUCACAUUGUUUAAAGUUAUUGCCCUAAAUCUUAAAAACAAAAAAAAAGCUUACUAAUUUUAAAUAUUCAGGUUCAAAAGUCAUGCAAGGGUGCUUCCCCCUUACUCCCUUACCCACACCCAACAGAGCUCAGGCAUUGUUAGCAACUAAUAAUUUUCAAGUUUAUAGUCAAGUUGUGCUCUCUUUUGGGGUGAGGGGAGAAGGCGGGAACCUGGAAAAUAUCCUUAUUUGGAGAAGUACAGAUUGGAAACAAUCACUUCCCUAAUGAAUUGAAUAAAUUUGGAACAUCAGUGAAUAUGUGCAGAACGAGAUUGGCCUUAACUCCAGCUAUAAGCUAAGGCUAUCCAAAUUUGAAAAGCUUGGGGCUGACUUUUCUGUUAGCGUUACAGCAAUUCAGAAAGCAGCAGUUCAUAUUUUCCUAUUGCUGAAUAGAGAAACUCUUCUCUGGGCCUUGUUUUGAUGAAAUGAGGUCCUGUCACUCUUGAACAGCCCUCCUACACAAACUGAGGAUGCUCAGUAAUCUAAGUGUGGUAAUAAAAAAUUUGAUGCGAGUCCCUUUGAGACUGUGCCCUGUGUAAUUUUUGUUUCUGAGGAUGGUCCUUCUCUUUAUUUGGGGGAGGGGGAGUACAAGUCAUCACUCAACAAGCUGUUGAGAAAUGCUUCUUGAGGAGUUUCUUCCCAGUAUUCUGUACGGUUUAUACAUUUGCCAUUUAUCAGCUGUCAUUUUUUAGCGUAGUUGAGCACAGUUCUUUGCUUCUUUGAUCCUAAAACACCUAAGAGUAAAUUCUAGUGGCUGUAAUUUUGAGUCAUAAUCCUACAUCCUGAAAUCUGCAGUUAAGAACCUAAAGGCUUCUGUCUCCCAUUUUUAUUAACUCAUUAGUGUGCCUCCAAGUAACUAAUUAUGGAGCUGGCUCAGAAUGAGUUUACAAGGCUGUCUCUUCUUUGGAUUAUUAUUAUUAUUAUGCUUUUGCCAUUUUGUCACUACAUAUCCCUUUGUUACAUUCAGAUUUAGACUUUACUAGACUUCUGAAUAAGGAUGGCAAAAAGGUAAAAGAUACAGUACCGUGGCAGAAGCUGGCCUUUCACACAUCAUAGCAUCUUUCCCCCCUUUUGGAAGUACAGAUUUAGGUUUCCUUUAGUAAAUGUUGGGUUUUUUAACCAGCUGCACAUGCUUCCUAACAAUUUCUAUGAUUACAUCUGAGCUGGUUACAAACUGUUAUAACCAUAUGAAAUGCCUAGCCCAUUGGAAGAUUAGGAUACCAUUGAAAAUGCUUGUUUCCAUUUGAAAAUAAAAGGAGAAGUAGAAAUUUCUUGAGAAGAGAACCUUCUGAGAACCAUUCUGUACUAACUGGUAUUAGUACUGGUUGUAAAGUUCCAGCCUAAGUGGGCAGGACCUCAUUAGUCAAAAAGGAGGUGUGGUCUAGGUCUGAACUCUUUUCCACUUGGCGUUAUCUGGGGCUCACUUUAUACCGGUUUUUAAAUGCGCCAACAUAAAACAAUGCAGGGCUUUCAGUUCACUUCGACAUUGUAAUGAGGCAGCCCUAGCUGCUGGUCCUGUUCUGUGGGGGCACAAAUCACCUCAACUCUUCCCUUCCUUGGAUGCUCUCUUCCUGGGUGGGAACACCUGGAGAGUUGUAAUAGUAGGAGAAGUCAACCCUAGUCUGUUCCUCCUCCUCAGAACCUCCAGCAAAGGUUCCCCUAAUCCAGGGUAGUUUAGGAAAGUACUAUUAAUGAAUCCGAGGGCAGGAGGAGAUUUCCCUGACAGAGCCAACAGGCUUUGAUGCCUCCUGUGCUAUGUAACACUCAAAAGUAUCGUGUACUCCACCAGACUGAUGUGCCAGUAUGACAUUUGUUUCACAACAUAGUCUAUUCCCAAGGUGUUUUUCUUGGGUGCAAAUGAAAGAUAGCUUAUAAAGGUCCCAACGUGUAAUUGUAAGGUGUGAGGGGGAAGAAUAGAUCUUAUGCCCCUCCAAAAAAGAGGAAGGCCACAUCAACAUAGAAUAAAGUUAGGUUGGUCCAUAAAACCAAGUCCAUGAGAAUGGACAUUCUGUUGUAUUGGAUCUCAUAGGAAAAAUUCUGGCUGCCAACUUAAUUUUUGCACUAUUGUUGAGCCUAUGAAAUAGAGCUCUUCACGUUACAAGUGUGUUCUCUUCACACUGAUUUGUUGUCUGGGGCAGAAGAGUGUGUUACAGCUCAUCCCUGCAUUCCCUUAUCAGUGCAGUGCUUUCUUUACACCUAUAUUCAUUUGUGUAUUUGACUGUUGUUAAAAGCCUUUCCUAUCUGAUGCAUGUACUUAAAAGAAAGACCACUCCCACGCUUAGAAACUCCACGAUAGUGAUAAGGUCCCAGUUAAUUAGGCCAAAAGGGACUGAUGUAUCACAGAUAGUUUUCAAAACCCGUAAGAGCACAAUCCUGUUUUGAGUCCUACAGGAGCUUGUUCAGGUGUUUUCUUGGACACCCCUGGCUUUGGAUUAUCAUGUUAUGUGCCCUGUCUAGGAAAGACUCCCUUAUCUUUCACUGGUGUAUAUUAAUGCACACUCCAUGCUUGUUUCAUUCCAAAAAUUAUCCUAUAAAAGUCAGUGUAGGAAAUUAAGCUGUGCCACACAGAUGUUGAGGUCUCUGAGUUCACUGAUUUUUAAAUAGUUCAUUCUUUAAGGAAGAGCAAAAGAAGUAAGCUUCUAAGAGCUGUCUGACUUUUUAAAAAGAGUAAGGUACUGUUCUGUAAAUUCUAUAAAUCUGCUCAAUUCUCCUUUGUACUUGAUCCUU